CUAAAGAAACCUUUUAAAUAUAUAUUGUAAUUAAAUUGGACUUUUUAAGAAUUGUCAUCAUGUUAUAUCUAUCAUGACGAUGGUCCACGUCAUUUAAAUCUGGUCUCAGGUGGAUAGUUGUCUAGCUAAUUAGCAGUACGGGUGGAUAGUUGUCUCUAGCUAAUUGGCAAUAAUACCACGUCUCAUCAUAAAGUGGGAAAAAAAUAUUUUGGCAGCACAACUUUAUGUAACAGUCAGGGUGAAAUGGAUUAUUUACAUGAACCACCGAAUUUUUCAUGGGUUGUUGAUGGUAAACUGUGUGCCAUGGGUCUUCCAAGAUCGAAGGAAAACAUUCAAUACCUACUGGACAACAAUGUCACCUACCUUAUAUCGCUAACAUACUACAGUCAACCUCCGGUAACUGAUUUCACAGAUAUGAAUCAUCUCCACUGCAAAGUUGAAGAAUUUUCACCCCCAUCUUUAGAUCAAAUCCAAGAAUCUAUAGAUUUUAUCAACACGGCAUACGAACAAGGAAAGGCAGUGGGUAUACAUUGUCAGCAUGGUAUAGGUCGAACAGGGACAGUUGUGGCAUGCUAUUUUGUAGAGAAGCAUAACAUGACAGCAGCAGAAGCCAUAUCACACAUCAGAUCACUACGCCGGUGGUCUAUAGAAACUAUAGAACAAGAAGAAACGGUGUAUCAAUAUGACAAGAGAAAAAGAAUAGAACAAAAUAAAUAAGAUAUUCUUAUUUACCAAAUGAGGUCCCCAGGAGGCCAUAUAUCACACAUAAACAAUGUCAUUUUAAAGACUUGUAGAACAACGAUAUAAUUGGGAAUUUUGUUUGCAAAAUAAAACUUAUAAUAUUUGUA